AUGACGGUUGGUGUAGCAUCCAUACCACUUGCACCACCACCACCACCUCCGUCACAUCAACCAUCAACUGUCACAUGCUCCAUUGGAAAGGAUCGUUUACCGAAAUUGAAGGAAUUGGUGAAAAGUAAUCUACAUACCUAUCAGCUAUAUAAGAUUAUUGGUGAAGGUGGUUAUGGUACUGUAUAUGAAAGUGAAACUGCUAAUGGACAUCGUGUAGCUUUAAAAGUGGAAAAAUAUAGUAAAUCAAUGCUACACAUUGAAGCAAGUGUUAUGCGUGCUGCAGCACGACGACGCAGUCAACAUAUUUGCGAGCUGAUCGAUUAUGGUAUCGAGAAACCAGAUUAUAUUUUCAUUGUAAUACCAUUGCUGGGAAAAGAUUUGCAUAAAUUACGCAAUGAGCAAAUUAACAGACGUUUCUCGCUAUGUACUGCAAUACAAAUAGGCUUGCAAACAUUGAAAGCUAUAGAGGAAUUACAUUUGAGUCAUUUUAUAUCACGUGAUAUUAAGCCUGGUAAUUUUAUGGUUGGUUUACGAGAGAAUCAACAACACAAAACGAUAUUUUUGAUUGAUUUUGGUCUUGCAAAGAAAUACAUUAAUAAGAAUGGUAAAUUACUUCCAUCACGUGGUGAAGUAGGAUGGCGAGGUACAACACGAUAUGGCUCAUUGAAAGCACAUUUAAGGCUUGAUUUAGCAAGACGAGAUGAUCUGGAAUCAUGGUUUUAUUUGCUCGUUGAAAUUACUCGUGGCUCCUUACCAUGGCGAUAUGUUUCUGAACGUGCUGGUGUACAAGCAGCUAAAAUGAUGGCUCGUGAUAUAGGUCGAGCACAAUUUCUUCAUCAAUGCCCGAAGCAAUAUGAAACAUUAAUGGAAAUGAUCGAUGAACUAGUAUUUGAGGAUAGUCCAAAUUAUCAUGAAUUUAUGGAUAUAUUAAUGGAUAUUAAAAAAGAAUGGAAAUUAGAACUUAAUUCACGAUUUGAUUGGGAUGAAGAUAUGACAUCUACACGAUCUACAACAAGAAGCAUAUCAUCGGAUGUAGAAUGCGAAAAAGCUAUUAAAGAAGAUGUAAUGAGAAUGAAUCAGAAAGAACCUGAAAUAACAAAUGUUAAAGAUCAGCAAAAACAAUUGCAGCAAUCAUUAACAUCAUCAUUGUCUACACCUGUACUAUCAACAGCAAUAUCAACAUUACGACCAAAUCAAAAUCAUCAAUAG